AUGGAUUUGAAAGAAGAGGAAUCUGUCGAAGAUAACAACAGGCAGUUAUUUUUGGUUGGGACUCCUCGAGAUCCUCUCGUUUCAGCAGGUUCUAUUAUUACUGCUGAUGGUACAAAUGAUGAUAUACAUUCUGGUGAUCUGCAAUCGGCCACUCUAGCUGGACUGAUGGGCACUCAAUCCUCCUCCGUUUGCUUCCCUGCAAAAUUCACAUACGACUUUUCCUCACCAAGUCCUGGAGGCGAUGACAGGCCAGCGGCUGGAAUGGGAAAGCGAAAACAGCGAAGAUAUCGUACGACGUUUACUAAUUUUCAGUUGGAAGAACUUGAAAGAGCUUUCCAGAAAACUCAUUACCCGGAUGUGUUCUUCAGAGAGGAGCUUGCUCUCAGAAUCCAGCUGACGGAGGCCAGAGUUCAAGUCUGGUUUCAGAACAGGCGAGCCAAGUGGAGGAAGCAGGAGAAGCAGUGUAAGGCUGCUACUCACAUGGCAGCUCACAUCACGUCUCCGGAUUGUCAAGAACCGCAGCAACAGCAGCCGCAGGAUCAUCUGCUGCUAGAACCACCGAUGGGUAGCCCGCCUCCGAUUUAUCUCGGCAUGGAAUGGGCUGGAUUCUCUCCAUAUGGAAACGCUGCGACUCCAUCUCCGCUCAUAGUGAAUCACAUGAACAAGCCAUCGGAGAACGAUGAUAAUCCUUUGCUCGAUCCUGAGCUGUUACAAUUGAAAACGCCGAGGUCGUAAUGAUGCGGGUGUAGUACGUUGUGCGGUGUGUUCAAUCCUACAACGAACGCCUUACUAUUGUACAAUGAAGAGCAGAUUUCUCGACUCCGAUUACAAGAGCGAGAUAAUAAUUAAACUGAUCAGAACUUUUCACUAACCCAAGGUGUGGAAUAAUUAGAUGAUGACUGUAACGGUCACAAUGAUAUUAAUCACGAUUGGCUGAGAUAAAAUUAGUACAAUAUGUAAAGAUUUGAAAAAUCUUACAUUAUUAAAUUUGUAUACGCGUUAAAAUAGCGAUUACUAAUUUAUUUAGCAUUAUAAGCAUUGUGUGAUUUGACUUCUUAAAUGUACAGUGAGAAAUUUCAUUUCGUACGUGCAGCACAAAGUCGCCUUCAAUUAAUAAUUAGAAAACAAAUUAAAAAGGUUAAAACAAAGAUCAACUGAUAAAUAUAAGUAUGAAUAUAUAUGAAUAGGCGGACUUAUGCUCUGCCUCACCGUCUAUUACUGAAUUUUGAAACCAGGCAUGGAUAUGAAUAUUCUGUCUCUUGCAGAAGCACUUUGUACAGGAGCAACAAAAAAAGAAUGAAUCUGUUACCGAAAUCAUUAGACCGAUGAUAAAAUAAUAACGGCAUCUUUAUUGGUUGCGUAUAUAUUACAUUUUACCUAAUCAAUUAAUUUACUUUUAAUCGGUUGAGGAGUAGUUAAGUUUCUUACGUUACUCCCUGGCCCUGUUUCAUUGUUACAAAUCAGCUGCAUUAACUGGGCUGAAUCUCAUUUUCCUUGGCAGAUAACUGACGUGCGAUUACAAUGCAAGAUGAUUCUUGUGUAACAGAGAGAGAGUGAUGAUCACAUAGUUACUUGCUCCUGCUGACAAUGAAUCGCUUUACGUUGCGCCGUAGUACACAAGACAUACGGGAGUAUCUUAUUACUUGAAAUAAAUUAGCAAGGUGGAUUGGAGCUAGGUUACGCAACGUAAGAAUAUUCGUCCGAACUGUUCGCCGUACGCUCGAUAUAUUGUUUGUCAAUCAGAGCCUCGAUGCAUUUUUUGAUCAUUCCAA